AUGGUCACUUUCGAGUCGCAUUCGCAGCCCGGCGUCAGCACGCUGCCCGCCGCACGCGUCCGCCGCAUCAUCAAGGAGGACAAGGACAUUUUCGCGUGCGGUGCUGACAGCAUCUUUUUGGUGUCGCGCGCAACCGAGUACUUCAUUGACAGCUUGGUGCGCGAGGGCUACGAGUUUGCCCGCUUCGACAAGCGCAAGACGGUCCAGUACAAGGACAUGGCCAAGGCAGUGCAGAGCAUCGAGCAGUACGACUUCCUCAGCGACAUCAUCCCGCCGACGGUCACGCUCAAAAAGACGUCCGCCGCAGCAGACAAGGACAGCAACGAGUAG